AUGUCGUACGCCGAAGUGGCCAAGGACAACAUCCCACCUGGGCAGAUGCCAGAGCCCAGUCAAGAGCUACGGGAUGGGCUACCGGCCGUCUCAGACACCGCGACCAAUCUGGAAUCUGACUCCAAAGACGACUGGGACAAGACCAAGGCCCAGGCCGAGAAGGACUGGGACGAGACCAAGGACAAGCUCGGGGACACUGUGGAUGAGGCCGGGAAGAAGAUUAACCGCGCUGCGGACGCGGCUGAGAAGAAGGCCCGCGAGCUCAAGAAGCGCGCCAACGCUGAGCUCGACGAGGCCGAGACUGCCAUGGCGGCGGCGUGGGCCAAGACCAAGGACGUCGUCCUCCGUCCGGGUACCCUCGGUGGCCUUAUGGGUGUCGUGAACGUUGGUCUCCUUGGUGGCAUGGGCUACUGGGCGUACAAGAACCGUAACAUCCCCUGGGACCGCCGCAACGUAACGGCCGCGGUUGCUGGUACCCUUGCUCUGUUCGGUGUCGAGGGCUUCCUUGCCGACUCUUACCUCGACACACCAGACGGUCAGGCAGAGGCUGAACGUGCCAAGCGGGAGGGUUCUCGACUCUAUCUCCAGACCAAGGAGGUUAUCCUUCGCCCAAACGUCGCUGGUGGGCUCGUUGGUAUCCUCAACAUUGGUGUUCUGGGCACUGUUGCUUACUUUGCUUAUCGGGAUUGGAACAAGCCCUGGGACCACCAGGUCGUUGCUGGUGUGACCGCUGGCCUCCUCGCUCUCAGCGGUAUUGAAGGCUACCUCGGCUCGCAAUAUGUCGAGAAGGAGCUCCCCAAGCACUAA